GGUUCAUUGUCCAAAUCCUAAUCCGGGUAAUCUUGGAGUAAAAACGCGAUAUAAUUAUGUCUGAGAAGGCUUUUGUUCACAACCUGCUUUAAUUCUCUGCAAAGUGAGAUCGGAGGAGGAUGAGUCGUGUGAAGGUGGUCGUGGUCGGAGCUGGAGUGAUCGGGUUUACCUCUGCUCUUUGUAUCGCAGAGUCGCUCCCAAACGUCGUCGUGACGAUCAUCGCCGAAAACUUUAGUCCCGACACGACGAGCGAUGGAGCAGCCGGGAUCCUGUUUGCUGCGCAGUAUCCAGAGAUCCCAGUGGAGAGGCAGAGGCGCUGGUUUAAACACUCUUUCCAUCACCUUCUGGAGGUCGCUCACUCGGCCGACGCCCCACACGCUGGAGUCAUGCUCAGCUCUGGGUGUCAGAUCUUUAAGCAGGUGCCGUCGGUGAAGAGGCCCUUCUGGUCAGACCUGGUGAUCGGUUUCAGGGAGAUGAGUGUGUCGGAGCUGCAGAGGUUUCCAGAGCACAGCUUUGGGCAGGUCUUCACCACGCUCAAGUGUGAGUGCUCCAGAUACCUGCCCUGGAUUCAGCACAGAUUUGUAAAAGCUGGCGGUGUGGUGGAGCAGAGGCGUGUGUCCAGUCUGGAGGAACUCUGUGGUUUUGAUCUGAUCGUGAACUGCUCCGGACUCGGCUCCAGAACUUUAGCCCAAGACAGUACUGUUUAUCCCGUCAGAGGACAGGUCCUUAAAGUAUCCGCUCCCUGGAUACAACACUUUAUCCGAGACGGCGAUGGAAAAACCUACAUUUACCCAGGCAUUGAAGGCGUCACACUGGGCGGAACCAGGCAGGAGCAGGACUGGAGGCUGGAAGUAGAUGAACAGGAUACUACAGGGAUUUUAGAAAGAUGCAAAAAACUAGAACCAUCACUGGAAAAUGCCAAAGUUCAGAGUAAAUGGGUGGGGUUAAGACCGAGCAGGAAGUGUCCAAGAGUAGAGAGAGAAGUGGUGCAAAUGAAAGGUAAAAAGAUGAGUGUAGUUCAUAAUUAUGGGCACGGGGGGUGGGGGGUGACGGUGGCCUGGGGCUGUGCUGUGGACACACUCGGUUUGGUCAAACAGAGUUUACAAGAAAUAUCUCCAAUGGCCAAACUGUGAGGAAAACUCUUACAUACGAUACAGAGCAGCUGUUCCUUCACUAAAUAGAAUGUAACAGGGAUGUAUUUAAUAACAGAUAAAACUGCCGGCA